GCUCAGUCUUCAACACCAAAACGUUGCUUUCAAAACCAACACAAAAAUGGCAGAGAACAUCUUCCUCUUUGUGCCAAACCUGAUUGGCUAUGCGCGCGUCAUCUUUGCGCUGAUUGCGUUCUACUUGAUGCCCACCGACCCGACCCCGGCCAUCUUCUGCUACCUCCUCAGCGGCCUCCUCGACGCCUUUGACGGACACGCCGCCCGCGCCCUCAACCAGAGCACCAAGUUUGGCGCCGUGCUCGACAUGGUCACUGAUCGCUGCGCGACUGCGAUGCUCUGCGUCACGCUGGCCGUGCUCUACCCUGCGUACGCCUUCUUCUUCCAGUUCAUGAUUGGCCUUGACAUUGGCAGCCACUGGAUUCACAUGUACAGCUCCCUCACCAACAACAAGAGCCACAAGGUGAUCGAUCCCAAGAAGAACUGGUUCCUCCGCCUGUACUACACCAGCCGUACUGUCCUCUUCCUGAUGUGCGCCGGCAACGAGCUCUUCUUUGGCUCGCUGUACAUUCUCUACUUUUUCGAGGGCCCCAUCGUUCCCGGCGUGGCCAUCGGCGUUUGGCGUCUCAUUCUGUACAUCUGCGCCCCUGUCUCGUUCGUCAAGAACGUCAUCAGCAUCAUCCAGAUGCUCGAAGCUUGCCACGACCUUGCCGAGAUUGACGUCAAGGCUCGCCAGGACGCUCGAAAGGCCAAGUAGACGGAUUUUCGUCAAAGGGGACAUGUGCUGUUGCUCCUCAUGAGUUGCGUGACUACCAAAUUGCCAGCAAUACACGAAAGUUGCGCUUAAGCAAAGUCAAAGUACAA